AUGGUCCAUUCGUUCCUGCUCAAGAUCUCGGCAUUGACUUCGUCGACGCUGCUGGCAUCGACUCUGCUGGCGUCGCCAGGAGCUGCUAACCCAGCUCCAGGCACUGUCCUACUCGAGCAUGUAUCUGGCUCCCGUGCAGAAGUCGCUGUCCUCGGCGCACAAGUGAUAUCGUUCUACACGGCCGAUAACCCGAACGUGAACGUGCUGUUCAUGGCCGACGACCCGUCGACCUCCGACGGUGUGACACCCAUCCAAGGCGGUCUCACCCCCGUGUUCCCAUACUACGGGACCGCCCCAAGCGGCUAUUCCAUCCCCCUGAACGGUUUUGCCCGCACCAUGAAGUGGGAAGUCAGCAGCGUGACUCCGGCGACCAAUCGCGAUUCGCCCACCUAUGUCUACUUCGACCUGGAGUCUACUGACGCUACCAUGCAGAUGUGGCCUUUCAAGUUCCAGCUACGGUACGAACUGGAGUUGCGGUCAUCUUCGCUCGAAAGCAGGUUCGCUGUGAAGAGCACCCACUCAGCAGAAUUCAGCUUUCACGCGCUGAUUCAAAACUACUUCUCCGUCCCCGACAUCCGCAACGAUGGCGUGACGAUUUCAGGUCUGAAGAACGUCAACAUUUUUGACCGGAUCUCGAAUACGAACCAGACCGAAACGCGUGAGAGCUUUGGCAUUUCAUCGCAGAUUGACAACAUCUACAAGAACGUCACGGGCAACGUGGUUGCCCACAUCAGGGAUGAACACUUCAACCGGAAUGUCGUCGUCGCGGCGUCUGCUCAGUGGGGUGAUGGUGCCCACAGGCCGAGAAUCCCUCCUACUGAUUGCACUGUCUGGAACCAUGGGAACAGCGGUGCUAAGGACUUGGGUGACUUCGGGGACGAGAAGUACCUUCGCACGAUCGCCAUUGGAUUUGGACAUGUUGCCGAGCUGGAAGAGCUUUAUCCUAGUCUGCGUUACGACCUGACCCAAGUCAUCAUGGUCGUGAAGGCUUAG